AUGGCGUCCUCGGCGUCGGCGACGUCGUCCACGUCCUCGGGGUCGGAUCGCGAGGCGCGCGCGCGCGCGGCGAAGCGGGCGCGACGAGACGCGGCGGUGUACGGGUCGUUUUUGGAUGAUUUCAAAACGACGCGAACGGACGGUGACGCUCGCGACGACGACGACGACGACGACGGGCGUCGAUCGAGCGGCGUGAGAGGGGUCGGGAUGGGUGCGCGGAUGACGUUCGUUCGGGAAGUCGGCUCGAAGGGGGGGGCGAGGGCGACGGCGGCGAGAGAGGGCGCGGCGGCGGCGGGACGCGGGACGGAUGGCGGCGGCGGGCUCGGAUUCGGCGGGUUCGCUCGAGGGAAGACGAUGACGGACGCCGAGGCGAAAGACGACGACGAGAGCGAUGGAACGAGCGUGAGCGGUGGGGUGGAGGGGGAGAGCGAGAGCGAGGAUGAUUUGUUGCCGUCGACGUUCGGACAGAGGUUAGUCGCCGGGGCGGCGGAGCGGGCGAAGACGGCGGCGGAGGCGCGCGCGAAGGCGGCGGCGAAGCGCGAGGCGGAUGCAAAGGCGGCUCGGGCGAGGAAUACGGAGAGGGGGGACGUGUUCGCGGGGACGAGCGCGCGUCGAGACGGAGGUCAACGUGGGAAGCAAGCCGAUGACGUCGGUUCGUUCGAGAAGCACACGAAGGGGAUCGGGAUGAAGCUGUUAGAGAAGAUGGGUUACAAAAAGGGGGAAGGCUUGGGGAAAGGCGCGAGCGGGAUCUCGCGCGCGUUGGAGACGCAGCUUCGACCGAAGAACAUGGGCAUGGGAUUUAACAAUUUCAAGGAAAACGUCAACGAUCCGACGAAAACGGCGCCGAAGGGCGUAGAAGAAGCUGAGAGCGAUGAAGAGAUGGACCUCGGCGAAACCGCCAGGGCGCGGGACGAGGCCAAGCGCGCGAGAGAACAGUCGAUGUGGAAGAAGCGACAUAAUUUACGCCGCCAAAAGCGCGAAUAUAAGACCGCAGAGGAAAUGUUAGCGGAAGAGGACCAGAAGGCGAACGAUUCGUCCGCGACUCGGGGGGCGACGCUCGACAUUAUAGACAUGCGAGGCACGCACGCGCAGGUGGUGAACGCAAAAGAAUUGCACAAGGCGCGAGUGCUUCGCUCGGGAGAGGUGGAGAUGAUGCUCCCUGAGCUGCAGCACAAUCUCAAGCUCGUUGUUGAUCUCGCGGAGAGCGAUAUCACCAAGCUCGAUGGAAAAAUACGAACCGAGAAGGACACGCUCGAGAUUUUACGACGGGAAAAGGUUCGAUUGUCCAAGCAAGCCGAGGCUCACGAUGCACUGGCCAAGCAGACGAGGAGUGCUCUCGAACUUGUCCAAAGAUGCGACGAACUCGAGAAGGCGUGUAAAUCGGGCGAGGACUUUGACGCUCUCACGAAGGCGUGGACAGAGGUCGUCAAGAAAUUCCCAAAGGAGUACCACGGGCACAGGCUGCAUCGUCUCGCUCUCGCUCACGCGGCACCGUGGGUACGAUCCAUGUACGCCUCGUGGGAUCCUGCGACGGAGCCAACUCGUGGCUUGAACGAAUUAAAGCCAUGGCGAGCCUUGCUCGCUCCAGAUCUGGUCCCGGAUGAGUACAGAGGCGUGUUCGAGGACGACUCGUACGAGAAUUUGCUUCGAGAGCCAAUGCUCUCGAGGCUUCGUCCGUUCAUAUCUUCAAAUUGGGAUCCAACGAAAGCUUCGGAAGUGCUUGACUUCAUAGAAGCUUGGUCCUCCACCAUGCCCAAGGCGCUCAUUCGCGAGAUCACGCAUUCGCUGGUGUUACCCAGACUCCUGCGUCGCGUCGCUGAAUGGGAGCCAACAAAGGAGCGCAUUGCACUUCAUUCAUGGUUCCUCCCAUGGUUGCCCCACUUGCACAAGAAUCUCAAGGAUGUUUAUCCUACGAUUCGACAAAAGUUCAGCGUGGCACUCACGGAUUGGGAUGCGAGCGACGAGAGCGCGUUGACUCUCUUGAAGCCAUGGCGGCGAGUGUUUGAAGCGAAGGAUUGGUCGUCACUCAUGCGACGCUGCAUCACGCCAAAGCUCGAAGACAAGUUGGCCGUGCUUCAGAUCAAUCCAUCGAACCAAUCUCUCGAUCCGCUCACGUGCGUGCUGAAGUGGGAAAGCGUGCUCGGCUCGAGCGCAUUCAUGACGCUGCUCGAGCAGCACUUCUUUCCGAAAUGGCACGCGGCGCUUCACAAGUGGCUCACCGCGGGCGGUGCGAAUUUGGACGAAGUCGCGCAGUGGUACAUUGGGUGGAAAUCCAGCUUUUCGGAGGAGCUUCUCUCCCACGAGCGCGUACGCGUGCAGCUGAACGUCGCGCUCAACAUGAUGAACCAAGCCGCCGCGGGCGAGGGCGUGGUCAAGCCGAGCGUCGCCGCGCCGCAACCCGCGGCGGAGAAGCGUGCGCCGCCGCGACCCUCCGAGGAAGAAACCGCCACUCUCAAGGAAAUGAUCGAAGAAUUCGCCAACGCGCACGAUCUCGAGUUCAUUCCAAACGUCUCGGGCCGUCGGCACGACGGUCUCACCGUGUACUCAUUCGGCGGCGUGAGCGUCGUCGUCGACGCCGCUCGCGAGUCCAUCCGCGCCUCCGUAGACGGUGCGUGGAUCCCCAUUAGCUUAGACCAACUCUUAGAGCGCGCGAGAUCGCUCGCGUCGCGACCGUAG